GGAUCAUCUCUGAUGAUGAUCUGGUAGUUGAAAAAAUAUUCAGUUAUAGAUCCAUCAAUUUAUAUUUACUGUUAAGUUCUAUCGCACAAAUUUUUCAAAUUUGUUUGUUUUUCGAAUUCCUUGAACGAAAUCGAAAUUCAGAAACUUGAACAUUUGAACUAACCUCAUUCAGUGUUUGAAUUUUUUUGUAUACCUAACCCCGAUACUGAGAAUCACCUCAAAAGGUAUUCAAGUUUAAGGAACCAUGAUGAUGAAGUAUCUUGUAGUCCUGCUAACCCUGCUGAUCCUUUGCGGAGCAAAGCCAGAACCGAAACCAGGUUUUGGAAGGGGAUUUGGAAGGGGAUUUGGAGGAGGAUUUGGAGGAUUUGGAGGAGGAUUUGGAGGAUUUGGAGGAGGAUUUGGAGGAUUUGGAGGAGGAUUUGGGGGAGGAUUCGGGAGAGGAUUUCGAGGAGGCCUAGGAAGAUACCACGGAGGAUUUUCGAGAUUUGGGGGUUUUGCUCCUCCACCAUUCUAUUACUACCCUAGGAGAAGAACGGUCUUUGGUGGGAUAGGAGUUGGAGUGAUUGUGGGUGGUGGUAUUGGUCGGUGGUAGUUAAAUAUUCAUUUGAAGUGUUUUAAUGAUGUAGAAGUAGAAAGUUACAAAUCUUCCGUCCCAAAAAAAGGUAAUGAGCCAGUUAUUAUAAAAUUGAAAUGUUUGAAAAAUAAGAUUCAAUUUUUAACUUUUUAAAAAUAUGUACGUGUAUAAUCUGAAUGAUUAGCACAUCACAGCAAGAAAUGAGAACCGAAGAACUAAUACAGGUUUGAAUUAAUUACAUGAUAUAUGUCAACCUCAAAAUUUGAUAUUUCCACAAGGUCUUCUUCAAGGAACAACAGGUGGUUUUCCUAUUUUCAAAAAAUGAUAUAUCAUUCACGAUGUACAUUAUUUGUGUUUGUCUCCACCUUCCUGAGGUUAUUUUUU